CUAACUUACUGGUGCAUUGUGGUUAAAGUGAGAGAAGGUCAUCGGUAUACGUCCUUUCCGAAGCGGGUAUCGAACCCGUUGAACUCCUCAAGAUGCCGUUUGAAUCGGGCGAAGACCGGAUUGUAUUCAAGAGAAGCCUUGCGCCAGACCUCUUCUCCACACCUGACGGAGAUGAUAUACUGAAGAAGAGCCUGCAUAGCAGUGCCUUUGGUGCUUACGUUGGUACGGCCGCUGGAGUGUUGGAUUCCCUGAGGACGUUGACUCACUUUACACCAACUAAUAUUGGGUUGAAGGUUGUUGGCUUUGCUGUUCCAUUGGCUUCCAUAGGUGCUGCCUACCCAGCUAUAACAGGAAUUGUGGCCAAUAUCAGAAAGAAAGAUGAUGCAUUAAACCAUGUUGUCGGUGGUUUCGUUGCUGGUUCUAUUUGGGGUGUGAGAUAUAAGAACCCAGCUACAGGUUGGUUGGCAGCGUUUCUUUUCGGUGGUUUCUGUUGCCUCAACAAAAUCUGUCAUGAAAAAGGUGUCACGUUCUACCCCAGCAAUGUCUACAAUACACCAAGCACCACUUUGGAUUUUGACCAUUACAAACGCAGCUUCUUAGUCACAAAAAGUCCUAUACUUGGUGAAGAAGAUGAUUAAUUCUAGCCACCUGUUUAAUUAAAGUUGGAUUUUUUUUUUCCUUUUCAGGUAGAUAUAUAAUUCUGUAUAUAAACUUGAUUUUCAAAUAAAAUCUUUUUACCAUCUGA